CGCCCUAUCCGCAAUCAUGGCAGGGAAAAGAUUUGUGCGGUGUGGGAAAGAAGUGAAGAGGACGUCUGUUGUUUGUAAUGCAUUGAUAUUUUCCUCAGUUGUUAACGCAGCGCGGAAUGAAACCAAGAGGCAUGCAAAUAUUUUUUUUUGCAGGGCUUCACUUUAUCCUUGGGCAUGGCUUUCGAAUCGGAAUGUCCAAAUGACGUGUAAUUUAUUCUUUCAGCCUAGACAGAGUAGAGCAAAGUGCGUGGCUAGCAACUAGGAUAGCUUCUGUCUAUCCAACUAACUUCAUUACUGUACUUUAAAAAAUACAUAUAGAUAGCUAGAUAACGGUAUCAGACUAAUUUUUUCCCAGUUUAGUUGGUAUUUGCAACUUGUUUGUGUCGAUGCCUCUCGACAGUCUUAAACAUUCUGCUAUUCUUUCAACUUUGUUUAAAAUGGCAGACGACAUAGAAUUGAUAGGAGCUUCUGAAUUUAUAAAAGAUCGAUUAUAUUUUGCUACCCUAAGAAGCAAACCAAAAAGCACUGCAAACACACACUACUUCUGCACGGAUGACGAAUUUAUCUAUGAAAACUUCUAUGCAGAUUUUGGGCCCCUCCACCUAGCCAUGCUGUAUAGAUAUUGUUGUAAACUCAACAAAAAGCUGAAGUCCUUCACACUGACCAGAAAGCGAAUCGUACACUACACCAGCUUUGACCAGCGGAAAAGGGCCAACGCUGCUGUUUUAAUCGGUGCCUAUGCUGUCAUCUACCUGAAGAAGACUCCAGAGGAGGCCUACAGGGCUCUGAUCUCAGGCUCCAAUUCUUCAUAUCUUCCCUUCAGAGACGCCUCAUUUGGAAACUGCACAUACAACCUGACUAUUCUCGACUGCUUGCAAGGAAUCCGGAAGGCCCUGCAGCAUGGAUUCUUUGACUUUGAGUCGUUUGAUGUGGAUGAAUACGAGCACUACGAGCGAGUUGAAAAUGGAGACUUCAACUGGAUCGUGCCUGGGAAAUUUCUGGCCUUCAGUGGACCCCAUCCCAAAAGUAAAAUAGAAAAUGGCUACCCUCUUCACGCUCCAGAAGCAUACUUCCCCUACUUCCGACAGCACAACGUUACCUCGGUUGUCCGGCUCAACAAGAAGAUCUACGAUGCCCAGCGCUUCACGGAUGCCGGCUUCGACCACUACGACCUGUUCUUUGUAGACGGCAGCACGCCAAGCGACAUCAUCACCCGCCGCUUCCUGCACAUCUGCGAGAGCACCGACGGCGCCGUGGCCGUCCACUGCAAAGCUGGCCUUGGGCGUACAGGCACUCUCAUAGGCUGUUACCUGAUGAAGCACUACCGCUUUACAGCAGCAGAGACCAUUGCCUGGAUCAGAGUCUGCCGACCAGGCUCCGUCAUCGGCCCUCAGCAGCACUUCCUGGAUGAGAGGCAAGCAGCCAUGUGGAUGCAAGGAGACGUGCAGCGUUCGCAGCAGAAGCAGCCGAGGGGCGUGUCUCGCCUCACCUCCAGCAUGGAUGACCUCACCCUCAACCCCACCCACACCACCGGCCCUGGUGGCAUCCUCAAGUCCCACAGCAUCGACCGCCUCCAAGAGAACGACUACAUUGGAGAAAAUGGGCUCUGCAUGACCCAAGGAGAUAAACUGCGUGCCUUAAAGGGCCGGCGCCAGCCCAGGUCUGCCACAACGGGAGCCCUAAGACUUGAAGACAUGAAAAUGCACACCAGGUCACCGUCCCAACCUUUUAGCAGGAUGAACCUCGGAGUGGGCACUCAGGGCACCAUCUCCCCUCUCAAGUCCUCCAAAGUCCCAUCAUCCUCUGCUUCGGCCAGCGCUAAGAGAAUCGGCAGCAGCUCCUCUUCGGCAUCCAACCUCAAGAGCUCCUCCAUCAACUCCAGGCUAGCCAGCUCCCUAGGCAACCUGUAUGCAGCCAACGGCGGUGAGGACAAUAAGAAGCUGCCUUUCGCUCCCACUUCAUCACCACCCUCCUCUCCCCCCUCGUCCAUCGUCACCAUCACUCCAUCGGGCCGGACGGCUCCUGGUCCCUGCUACGUGGCUAACGGCACGCGUGGCACCAAUUACCACCACCACGAGGCCAACAACAAUCAGUAUAAUUCCUCCCCCGCCGGGAUCUUCAGCCACGGUGGCCUCGCGGGGGCCCCACACCACGCUGCAGGCAGGCUGGGGCCCAGGCCUGAGGAUUAUGGCCCCUACAGAUCCCAAAAGGGGGGCUACUCCGGCCUGAGUGGACCCUCUGGCCGCUACCUCAGUCGCUCAAUCCCUUCCCUUCAAUCUGAAUAUGUUCAAUACUAAAUCGGUGGUUCUGCGUUGACCAAGACCGGACAGACACCUUGACACUGGACCUCUGACCUGGAUGGGAUGGGUCUCCCACCCCCUUUUUUUCUCUCGCAAUAUCUCCCCCACUCUCUCCCACAUACUGAAAGGAAAAUUAAUAAACCGUGGCAUCUGAAUGGGUGUGGUCUUUGGAGACGGGCACUUCGACAGCCACAAACUCCCAAGGGCUCAUGGAACUUUGAGUUUUGGGCUUCUUCUGUCAGCCUCGAUCGGCCUCGAUCCACCCUAACUGCAGUCACUGUUUGGAUAAUGCUUACAAAGGGCAACAAAAAAAAAAAAAUUCUGGCGAGCUAUGAUUAGGCUUGGCCAGACUGACUAUGUGAGUGCUCUUUCUUUAAAGCUGAGAUCUGGCCAUAUAGACUUUCCUGUAUCACAUAUCUGUUUUCUUUUAUAUGUUUGUGCUAAUACUGUGUACACGACUUGUACUGGGGGGGGGGAAUAGUUAAAAAUAAUAAUGAUUUUAGAUGAGGUUUUUAUACAUGAAAUAUGACAAUUUUGUUGCCUGGAUAAAGAAAUGUUUAUUUAGAAGUGGUUUAAAGAACAUGUUUUGGUUUAUGACAAUUCUAUUUUUGUCUCUGAGUGUAACUACUUCACUAACCAAUAUAUCUAGAUGAAAAUAUGUGAGAUUAAUGGAGAGACGACUUACGGUAUUUUGCGAGCCGUGUUCCUUAUCAACAAAGUAUUUACAGGACCAGGCUCAGGGUAAAGUGCUCUCCUAUUUACGAUUGUGUUUUGUGCGUGGGUGGGGGUGUACGUGUACGUGUGCAUGUAGUAGCAUGUACGUACCAUAGACUAUGAGAAUAUGUGCCCAUGUGAACACGUGUGCAUGAAAGAGAUUGAGUGGUGACCGUGUGUGUAGGGGGUUGUCUAGAGAUCAUGUUUGCAGUCCUCUGGUGAUGGGCUCUAGAGAAGAGAUGUGAAUGGAAGAGAAUUACAUAUAGGGAAGAAAUGAAUGCUGUUCACUAUUCUAAAAAAUAUUUUUUUGUUUUUGAUUAAGUCAAUUCAAUUGACUGGUGGGUUUUGGUACCCCAUUUUCAAUUGGAACUAAUAAAUGAUGUUCUCUGUUGCAAGCCUACAGGAGAUUUGCAUAUCAAUGGGACAACUAUAGGAUAAAUACUAAAGUCAUACCUGCAACCAGUGUUGUGUAGGCCUUGUGACUAUGUACUGUAUGUUUAGCAUGACGAACCAAAAGGAUGAUUCAAACCGUGGUCAUUACUAGAGGAAAUUUGAGUUGUUGUGUUGGACCGACACCACCCACAACACAAGCCUCCGUCCCUACAGUAUACUGUUCAUGCCAGGCAGCUCAGCAACCCUCUCCACAGGCACAGGAUCCCACUGCAAUCAUGCUCUUUUUAAUGGGAAAAUGUUUGAUUUUCAGUGUUAUUCGACACUCAUUGACUCGCUGUAGAUUAUGAAACUUGAUUUCGUGGCAGCCUAUUUUUAAACGCGCACACACACACCCGACUGUAGAACCAAUUAUGUUCGUUGUUUUAUAGUUCAAGGCGCAGUGGAAGUUCAUUGCUAUUACUGAAAUAUUUCCAUGUUGUGUGGCGUGUUUGUGUUGAAUGUAAAAACAAGAGACUGUUUUUCCUGGCUUGUGUGUAUUAUAAUUAGUUCUGCUUGUAGAUGGAGAGAACUUUUCAGCUUUGCAGGUAGAGGUUCCUAAAAAAAAAAAACUGAAAAGCACAACUGUCCCCCCCCAAAAUGCUUUCUUUGGAAUGUAAUGCUGGAUGUCAUUGGGUGCACAAUGCAGCGGUCAUUAUCAAAGCUGGUUUUCUACCAAUGAGUAUGGCCUACGAUGGCCCAACUAAGUACAUUUUCUGUUGGACCUUGUAACAAUAGAUCCAUAUAUUUGGAUGCUUAUUUUUUUAUUUUAUGUCAUUUAAUAUUGAAGUUGAUUUGGGGGAGAGAAAAAAAAUGGAUACAGAAGCAUUUGUUUAUCACUGAUAUCACUGAUCAUUUUUGUUAUUAUUUUAGACCUCUGUACAUUCCUGGCAGUGAAAUUAUUUUGUUUCAAAAUGGGAGAAUCUUAAUGCAGGUGUUCUACCUCCAUGAAAUGUACAAUUUUAAUAGCAAAGUUCUUACAUGCAUAUAUUUUUUCAAGCAGUAUGUAAAGAAAAUGUUAUAACUGUAGAUCAGUAAGCAUACUAAAAUGCAAAUGUCUCUACUGUAUGUACACAGAACAAAAAUAUAAACGCAACAUUUUAAAAGAUUUUACUGAGUUCAUUUAAGGAAAUCAGUCAAUUAAAAUAAUUGCAUUAGGCCCUAAUCUAUGGAUUUCACAUGACUGGGGAUACAGAUAUGCAUCUGUUGGCCACAGAUACUGUACUUUAAAAAAUAGGUAGUGCUGUGGACCAGGGGGAAAAAACAGUGUGACCACCAGUUCCACUCCUCUUCAAUGGCUUGGCUGUGCGAAGUUGCUGGAUAUUGGCAGGAACUGGAACAUGCUGUCGUACAUAUCGAUCCAGUGCAUCCCAAAAGUGCUCAAUGGGUGACAUAUCUGGUGAGUAUGCAGGCCUUGGAAGAACUGGGACAUUUUCAGCUUCCUGGAAUUGUGUACAGAACCUAGCGACAUAGGGCCAUGCAUUGUCAUGCGGAAACAUGAGGUGAUGGCGGCGAAUGAAUGGCAUAACAAUGGCCCUCAGUAUCUCGUCACAGUAUGUCUGUGCGUUCAAAUUGCCAUUGAUAAAAUGUAAUUGUGUUCAUUGUCCAUAGCUUAUGCCUGCCCAUACCAUAAUCGCACAACCAUCAUGUGGCACUCUGCUCACAAUGUUGACAUCAGCAAACCGCUCACCCACACGAUUCCAUACUCGCUGUCUGCCAUCUGCCCGGUACAGUUGAAACUGUGAUUUCAGCCAUGAAGAGCACACUUCUCCAGCAUGCCAGUGGCUAUUGAAGGUCACCAUUUGCCAACUGAAGUCGGUUACGACGCUGUACUGCAGUCGGGUCAAGACCCUGGUGAGGACGACAAGCACGCAGAUAAGCUUCACUGAGACGGUUUGUGCCAAAAUUCUUUGGUUGUGCAAACCCACAGUUUCAUUAGACGAUCCCGCAGGUGAAGAAGCCAGAUGUGUAGGUCCUGGGAUGGCGUGGUUACACGUGGUCUGCGGUUGGAUAUACGGCCAUAUUCUCUAAAAUGGGGUUGGAGGUGGCUUAUGGUAGAGAAAAUGAACAUUCAAUUCACUAACUGAUGGACAUUCCUGCUGUCAGCAUGCCAAUUGGCAUGCGUUGUGUGACACAACGGCAUAUUUUAGUGUUCCCAGCACAAGGUGCACCUGUGUAAUGACCACGCUGUUUCAUCAGCUUCUUGAUAUGCCCCACCUGUCAGGUGGAUGGAUUAUCUUGGCAAAGGAGAAUUGCUCGCUGAGGGAUGUAAACAAAUGUGUGCAUAAAACUUGAGCAAAAUACAUUUUUGUGCAUAUAGCACAUUUCUGGUAUCUUUUUGUUUCAGCUCAUUAAAAUGGGACCAAUACUUAACAUAUUGCGUUGUAUAAUUUUUGUUCAGUGUAUAUAUUUUACAUUUACAGUUAAUGCAGGUUUCUAAAGUAAGUAACAAAAUAAAAACACAUUUUAAAGA